AGGGUCAAAUAGGGAGAAAUGGCGACAGAGCGAAGCCGUGGGCCCAUCUUUGGAACAAGAUCAAGGAACUACAUUCCAGCUUCAGCUUAGUUGGAGCUUGAGAUCCUGAGAGUCUCCUGGCAGAGAAAGUAUUUUGACCUUGGCAUCUAGACAUCUCCCAUCUCCCCCAUGGCCCUGACAAUGCUGAAUGAGCUCCUGAUUGAGGACCCAAACCCACCUAUGCUGCUGUAUCAGGUUAGCAAGACUGCUCAGUUAGAUACCGUCAACUACCAAAGCUGCUUUAUGCAAGGUGUCUUUGCCCAUUUCCCUGAGAUCUUAUUUAUCCACCGGACCUAUAACCCAGUAGGCAAGGUGCUAUAUACCUUCCUGGUAGAUGGACCUCGGGUGCAGCUGGAGGGUCAUCUUGCCCGGGCAGUCUACUUCGCCAUUCCUGCCAAAGAGGAUGCUGAAGGCCUGGCCCAGAUGUUCCAGGUGUUCAAGAAGUUUAACCCAGCAUGGGAGAGAGUCUGUACCAUCCUGGUGGAUCCCCACUUCCUCCCGCUGCCCACCCUCGCGAUGGAGUUCCCCGCAGCCGAGGUCCUGCUCUCAGCCUUUCACAUCUGUAAGUUCCUCCAGGGCAAGUUCUAUCAGCUGUCCCUUGAACAGCCUGUGGAGAGGGUGCUCCUCACUUCGCUUCAGAGCACUAUGUGCUCGGCCACGGCUGGCAACCUGAGGAAGCUCUAUACACUCCUGAGCAGCUGCAUCCCUCCGGCCCAGCUGCCUGAGCUCCACUCACACUGGCUGCUCAAUGACCGCAUCUGGCUGGCCCACCGCUGGAGAAGCCGAGCUGAGAGCAGCCGCUACUUCCAGGGCCUGGAGGUCACCACCCGUGUCCUCAGCCAGCUCUUCGGCACCACUCCAUGUGUGGAACAAGGCAUGGCCUCUCUGCUCCGAUACAUGCAGCAGAACGCGGGAGACGAGGCAAGCUUCAGCCUGGGCCUGAGUCCCCAGAACAGUCGCGCCCCCUUAGACGUCAGCCCCGAAAGCCCCAAAGUGGAGCAGCUGGUAGAAGCCCGCAUCCAGCGCUCCCUCAAUGCCAUCUGCACGGGGCCGGCCGCCCAGCUCUGUCUGGGUGAGCUCGCUGUGGUCCAGAAAUCUGUGCACCUCAUCGGCUCCGGCUCGGAGAAGGUGAACAUCCAGAUCCUGGAGGACACCCAUCGGGUGCAGCCCCAGCCCCCUACCAGCUGCAGCUGCUACUUUCACCAGGCCUUCCACCUGCCCUGCCGCCACAUCCUGGCCAUGCUCAGUGCCCGCCACCAGGUGCUCCAGCCCGACAUGCUGCCGGCCCGGUGGACGGCAGGCUGUGCCGCCGGUCUAGACAACAUCCUGGGCAGCAAGUGGAAUGAGACGCUGGAUAAGCACUUGGCCGUGGCUCUCCUCACCGAGGAGGUGGGUCAGCUCUUGCAGCACUGCAGCCAGGAGGAGUUUGAACGGAGGUACAACACCUUGCGGGAGCUGGCCGACAGCUGGAUCGGCCCUUAUGAGCAGGUCCAGCUCUGAUUAACCCUCCAUGCCCAGAGAUGCGCAUGCACAUGUACACACUCACAUCCACCCCUAUACACACAACAUACACUCACACUAUUACACUUCCGUGGGCCCACC